CCGGGGCGGGGACGGGGGUCGGAGAGACGGAGAGCUGGAGCGGGAGCCCGAGUCAGGCUCCCAGAGGGAUCAGGAUCAAGUGUUUGGCAAAGUGCUCAAGUGGAGAGAUAGAGAGAGGGAAAGGGUUGGGGCAGAGGACUGAAGAAGACAGAGGACGAAGAGGAACAUUCUCUCAACUCCCAGUCAGUCACAGAUGAGCUGGGGAGAGUUUCAUCUAUCUCUGGUCCCAGGGCCAGUGUUGAGGGGUGUCUGAAGAGCCUCCUCCUUUUCUCCCACCAGGAAUAGAGGAGACGCAGAAGGCGAGAGAGGAGGAGUAAAGAUGGCACAGGUUCUGCACAUGGACUCUGGUUUUCCAGGGAAGCCCAGCACCACAACCCCCACAGCUUUCCGGGGGAAGGAUCCAGAGCCACCCUACUCGGUGGAGACGCCCUACGGCUAUCGGCUGGACCUGGACUUCCUCAAGUAUGUGGACGACAUCGAGAAAGGUCAUACCAUCAAACGGGUAGCCGUACACCGGCGGCCGCGCCUGGGCUCCCUGCCCCGGGGGGCCGGGUACACAGGCUCCUGGUGGACCUCCACAGAGUCCCUCUGUUCCAACGCCAGCAUUGACAGCCGCCACUCUGCCUACUCCUACUGUGGCCGGGGCUUCUACCCGCAGUAUGGAGCUCUGGAGACCCGGGCCGGCUUCAACCCCCGCGUGGAGAGGACUCUGCUAGAUGCCCGCAAAAAGCUGGAGGACCAGGCGGACUCCGGGGAGGGGAGCCAGCCACGAGCGGCGGGCCUGGGCAGUCUGACCCCCAGUGUCUCGGGCUCCACCAGCUCCCUGGUGGGGGCUGGGCUGCCUCCGCCCCCACUGGGACGCCUGCAGUCCCAUAAUGGCACGCCCUACACCCCGCUGAGCUCGGGGCUUUCCACGCCCGUGUCCCCCACCCCGGGCCACCUGCAGCACGUGCGGGAGCAGAUGGCCGGGGCUUUGCAGAAGCUGCGGCAGCUGGAGGAGCAGGUGAAGCUCAUCCCAGUGCUGCAGGUCAAGAUCUCGGUGCUGCAGGAGGAGAAGCGCCAGCUCAGCGUCCAGCUCAAAAGUCAGAAGUUCUUGGGGCAUGCCGGGGGAAGCGGCGGAGGCCGAGGCUGGGGUCGCGGGGAGCUUUUCCUCGACCUGCCCGAAGAGUGUGUCCCCGCUGGCCCAGAGCCCCUCCCAUCGGGACAGGCAGACAUGGGGAAGAAAAGAGAGACCCGGGCAGUGGGUGUGGGGCCGGAGGAGGGCGGCGGUGGCCGCCCAGGGCCCACCCUGAAGAAUGUGGCCACAUGGGUGCGGGAGCAGGAUCUGGGAGGGCCCUGCCCGGCCGAAGACCAGGGAGCUCUGACGGCUAAGAUCGCUACCUUGGAGACACAGCUGAAGAAGGCCCUUCAGGAGCUGAGGGUGGCCCAGAUGCAGCUCGGCGGGCAGGCCCCGGGCCCGGCCGACAGGGCCCCAGCACCCCCGGGCCAGUGGCCGGACAAUCUGGCAGGAGGAGGCGGCAGCCAGGAGACCCCCGGGCUCCCUGCAGCGGCCUCCGGCCAGCACCACCCUUGCGACCCACGGGAGGCCCGGGGCUAUUCGCCAGAGCAGCCGGUGGGCGGGGGCUGGCAGCCCCCAGAAGGGCCCAUCAAGGUGGACACGGUCAAGGUGAUCCAAGUGCCACGGGAGUUGGAAAUCGCAGCCAGCACGACUACUGGGGUGGCUCGCCAGCCCCAGCGGGCUCAGAGCCUGGAGCCCUAUGGCAGCGGUCUCAAGGCACUGACAGCCCGGGGACCUGAAGGAGACGGCAGCUCCCUGCCCGUCCAGAACUCUGGCGGUGGCAGCCCGGCCUUGGAAGCACCGCCCUCUGCCCCCACUUACCGGACCAAUGAGGUGAUAGAGACCACCUUUCCCAUCCCCAACAGCCCCCUCCCCAGCACCUUCCAUGCUGUGAAGAAGAUCAGCAUCACUGCCGAGCCCUACCGGGAUGAGGACCCCCCACUCGCCACCCCAGGAUUGGACUGCAAUGGGGUGGCAGCAUCUUCAGGUCUCCCCAGGAGCCUUCAGAGGCCUUCAGAGGGCCCUCUGGGGCCAGUGUCAGCCCCUCCCAGCACCAUUCAAGCACCCACUGGGGAAGGGUCUGUUCAGCAAGCUGGGGGUCCAGUCCCCGCAGCCAAAAGUGACAUCACUUCAGGAGAGCAGAGCAGGACAGCAGGGCUCGGUGAAGAAAAAGAAGAAGAUGCUGAAGACCCAGCCUCAUUGCCAGCUGGGAUAAAGUCCAUCAUGAAGAGAAAAGAUGACAGCACAGACCCUCUGUCCAACAAGAAAAGCCUCCAGUUUGUAGGAGUCAAUGGCGGAUAUGAGUCCACGUCCUCGGAGGACUCCAGCACAGCUGAGAACUUCUCGGACAAUGAGAGCACUGAGAGCGAAUACCACGAGGCCAGCGAAGGGCUUCCUGCGAUCCCGGAAGGGGCCCGGCAGAAACACCUGGGGGCAGGAGCUGGGCCUGGCAAGGGAUUCAGCAGCUCAGCGAAGGAGAGGCCAGCGGCAACCGCAGUAGCAACUGCAGCAGCAGCAGAAGCGGUCCCCAGUAGGAAGGAACAAGAUGAGAUCCGAUUGGAACUCAGCACAGACCUGAUAUCCGCCUGCUUGUCCCUGCAGAAAUCCCUGGAGAGUCCAGGCACCCUGACAGACAAAGAGAUGAAAGCAGCCUACACCACGGUGCUCCAGGAGUGGCUGCGGCUCUCGUGCCACAAGGACGCCCACCCGGAGGUGGUCCGCCGACACAUGGUCACUUUCCGGGCCAUGUCACCGCAGCUGCUCCAGUUCAUCGUCAACAUGGCAGACAGCAAUGGCAACACAGCUCUGCACUAUACAGUCUCCCAUUCCAAUUUCCCUGUGGUCAGACAGCUCCUGGAUACCGGGCUCUGCAACGUGGACAAGCAGAACAAAGCCGGAUACACGGCCAUCAUGCUUACAGCUCUGGCUGCUUUCCGGGCUGAAGGGGACAUGGACACCAUCAUGCAGCUGCUAAAGCUCGGCAACGUCAACUCCAAAGCCAGCCAGGCAGGGCAGACAGCACUGAUGCUAGCAGUCAGCCACGGCCGAAUUGACAUGGUCAAGGCUCUGCUGGAUUGUGCCGCCGACGUCAACCUGCAGGAUGACGAUGGGUCCACAGCACUGAUGUGUGCUUGUGAGCACGGCCACGUGGAGAUCAUCCGCUUGCUCCUGGCCGUACCCAACUGUGACGUCACGCUCACUGACCAUGAUGGAAGUUCAGCCCUAUCCAUUGCCCUGGAAGCUGGACAGAAUGACAUUGCGGUGAUGCUCUAUGCCCACAUGAAUUUUGCCAAGUCCUCGGGUGCCCCAAAGCCGGCGAAACCUGAGGGUACAACUUCUUCCACUGACCCUCAGUAGAAGCACCGUGAACAGCGAGUGUUUCCUCCACCUCCUCCUGGCAUGAAGCGGGUGACAUCGUCCCUACAGCUGCAUGGGAGCCUCUUGAGUGCCGAUUCUAUCAGAGAGGAGGAAAGAAAGAGGAGGGAAACUGCGUGAGGGCACUCAUCUAUCCUUACAGAGAGGAGUGAGCAAACACACCAAUUGAAUUGAGCACAUUUCCCCCACCCCACCCCCAUCCUUUGUGCUCUUGCUCCUCUGUGACACCCUCAGUAAGGACCAAGUGCAAAAAGAAAAAAUGAAUUCUUGGAAAGUUGUCCAGGCUCUGAGGGACAAAAGGAUGUCUGUCUCUUAGCAUUUGAGCUGUGACCCUCCUGCUUUCAGCAACGCCUGUAGACUGAAGCUGGGCUCUUCUCCUGCCUCAUGGAACUCUUAGUGCCUUAAGAUGGCACGCAGAGCUUUGAGCAUGCGGGAAGCAAUGAGGGAAGCAUAAUCAAGGAGAAUAAGCUGACAAUGAAGCAUUUGUAAAGGGUAAGAGAGAUUUACGUAAGCACUAAGAGUCAUUUGAAUUCAAAAAUAGCCUGAAUUUUAUAUUAACGAUUAAGCAGCCAUUCUAUUUUGUGAGGACAUGUAUAGUUUUGAAUGAGCCUCUCUAGCACCGCAGGCACUACCCCUGCCCACCUGUGGCAUGUACAGUAUUAUACGGUCACUCUUCAGAGACACAUUUUUGUGGAAUUAUUUUUAUAGCCGUGUCUUUUUAUGGACAAGAGGCAGCAGCAGUCGAAGAUUGGUAUAAAACUCAAUCUGAUUUUUUUUUUUUUAAUUUUUCCCUCCCCCCACCAUUGCUUCUUGUCUCCGUCCCUAUCGCAUCCAGGAUCUCGUAAGCAACUGAGAGCAGUGCAGACAGCAGCAACAGGGCAGUGGCAAACAGAGAAAUAAAUCAGAGAAGCAGCAAGGCCUAGUGGACAGUGCACAGGCCUGGGAGUUAGAAGGACCCGGGUUCUAAU